ACUUAUGUCUAUAUUUCGACCCAUUUUUGUCCAAAUUGUACCCACCUGUGUCCACUUACGGACGGCGGAAAUCGAGCGGAAAUCGACCUCCACGUCACCGCAUGGCAGAACAUCGAAUAGCCUCGGAACGUCUCAGAACCUCCCGACACCGUAUCCGUGGCAUCCUUCCUAUCCAUGGCUGCCGACUGCGGACCGACCGCGGAGGAACAUGUCAGAAACAUGCCAGGCCCUCUCGGUACCGGCACGGGAGGAUACCAGGCACGGGAAGAUGCCCGCGGCAAGCCCGGCAAGCAGCGCACUAACGGCAAACGCCACAAAUAAAUGCGCAACACACAACGGACAACAAAACGAACGGGCGCGCAUACAGAACAACAAGACGCGCAUACAGCAACAACACACAAAAAAAACACCAACUACCACGGCGAGUGCACACCGACUCGUGAGGGCAGCAGCAGCAUGUCGAGGCACUUCACCACGCAACCCUAGGCGCGGCACCCCUGAACUAGUAGUGCUUCGAAGUACUUCGUAUGCAUGCAAAGUAUGAAACCAUGUGUAUGCCAACUCUUAUGGUUACUCCGGAGUACGCAAUGUGCGGCCUAUUUCUUCCUUAACCCACCAUCCAUAAAGUAGCAGCGAACGACGUAGCGUAGCGAACGGUAUCCGUUUUCGUCUUUUGAUUGGUUAGGUAAUGAGGGGAUAUCGAGCCGGAUUUUUACUUCGGGUACACCAUAUGCAUGUUGUGCAUAUGAAUACCAUCAUGUGGUUACGUGGCAAACUGCCUCGACAUGCUGCUGCGGCCCUCACGAGUCGGUGUGCACUCGCCGUGGUAGUUGGUGUUUUUUUUGUGUGUUGUUGCUGUAUGCGCGUCUUGUUGUUCUGUAUGCGCGCCCGUUCGUUUUGUUGUCCGUUGUGUGUUGCGCAUUUAUUUGUGGCGUUUGCCGUUAGUGCGCUGCUUGCCGGGCUUGCCGCGGGCAUCUUCCCGUGCCUGGUAUCCUCCCGUGCCGGUACCGAGAGGGCCUGGCAUGUUUCUGACAUGUUCCUCCGCGGUCGGUCCGCAGUCGGCAGCCAUGGAUAGGAAGGAUGCCACGGAUACGGUGUCGGGAGGUUCUGAGACGUUCCGAGGCUAUUCGAUGUUCUGCCGUGCGGUGACGUGGAGGUCGAUUUCCGCUCGAUUUCCGCCGUCCGUAAGUGGACACAAGUGGGUACAAUUUGGACAAAAAUGGGUCGAAAUAUAGACAUAAGUAGGUACAUGAAAAAAUAGUUGACGCCGCUGGGUAUACCCACCGCGAUGUCGGACAGAGUUGGGCGCU